AAAAUGGCAUCCAAGGCUUCAGAAAUGCCGGAUACUAUUGAGGAUUUAGUUGAGUUAAAUAACUAUGUUACCGAAUGUCGGGAUAACACGUUGUUUAAAAUCAAAGCGCAGUUACAAACGGUCGGAGAAUAUAUAAUGUUUCUUUUUGACUACACUGAAUUUAUUGAUGACGAUAUCAAUUUGGCAUCGAGGGUAUAUCGGUGGCCUCAAGAAAUUGACCAAUUCCUGGAUUUGGCAACGAGCCGAGUAAUUCAAAAGAAAGGUGUAGUCGAAGGACAAUUAAAAACUAAAAAAGCGGAAUUUGAAAUAGAUCUGAAAAACCACCUGAAAUUGUUGGAGAAUCUAAAACGAAAAGAUCCGCCGAUUUUAACAGAUGAUGAAAUUGUAAUUGCAUCUGAAGAUGUGGAACUGCUGACGAGUUGUUUAAAAGAAGAUGUACUUACCGCUAAGAACAUAAAUAAUACUGAGCGGUUGCUUGAAAUUGAAGUAACGGCUUACACACGGCUCCAGUCAAUGGUAGCUGCCACAGAACCGUUUGAGCGGUUAUGGAAUAUUGUUCGUGAUUUUCACAAUUUUCAUGAAAUAUGGUUAAAUGGGCCAUUUCUACAUCUGAACGCGAUAGAAGUAAAAGAUACGGUCGAUAACAUGUGGAAAAAUCUUUAUAAACUAGCAAGAACCUUGCAAGAUUAUCCGGGGUCAAAAAGAGUGGCCGAAAUCGUACGCGGUCAAGUGGACGACUUUAAGCAAUACUUACCCGUACUAGAAACGAUUUGCAAUCCUGGAAUGCACGAACGACACUGGAAAGAAAUAAGUAAAUGUGUCGGCGUGGAUUUGCAUCCAAACGAAACGUCCACGUUGGCAGAUAUGAUCAAAAUAGGUUUGUUAAAUCACAUCGAGAGGCUGGAAGAAAUCAGUACAACUGCGUCUAGAGAAUAUGCACUUGAGCAUAAUCUCCGUAAAAUGAAAGAAGAAUGGUUGAAUAUCGAAUUCGAAUGCACUCCGUAUCGAGACACCGGUGUCAGCAUAUUGACGGGCUUAGAUGACAUACAAGUAAUGCUGGACGAUCAUAUACUUAAAGCGCAGACUAUGCACGGCUCCAUUUACAUAAAACCGUUCGAAGCCGAGAUGGAUCGUUGGGAAAAAAAACUAGUCGUAAUGCAACAAAUUUUAGAACUUUGGAUAUCGGUGCAACGGAUUUGGAUGUAUUUGGGUCCGAUAUUUAGUUCAGAAGACAUUAACCGUCAAAUGCCGGAAGAAGCGCGAAAUUUCAGAGCCGUAGAUGCCAUAUGGCGUCAAAUCAUGAUAAAUACAGUUAGUAACCGUCAAGUACUCGAAGCAACAGAAUAUCCCAACAUGUUGCUGUUGCUUAAAAAUUGUAGCAUAAUGUUCGAACAAAUACAAAAAGGAUUAAACGAAUAUUUGGAAAAGAAACGCCUUUUCUUUCCGAGGUUUUUCUUCUUGUCAAACGACGAGCUACUUGAAAUAUUAUCGGAAACAAAGGAUCCUUUGCGAGUCCAGCCACAUUUAAAAAAAUGCUUCGAAGGUAUUGCUAAACUAGAUUUCACAAAGAGUGUUGAGGUAGUCGGAAUGAUAUCAGACGAAGGUGAAAUCGUUAAAUUUAAUGGAACUAUUUAUCCGGCAGAGGCAAAGGGACUAGUGGAAAAAUGGUUAAUACAAGUAGAAAUAUUUAUGAUUCAAUCGAUAAAUGAAAUAAUAAACGACGCGACCUCGGAAUACCAGCUUACUGUACGUGAUAAAUGGGUAUUGUUGUGGCCUGGAAUGGUAGUUUUAUGUGCAGCGACUAUAAAUUGGACGGCAGAAGUCGAAAACGCUAUUGGACGAAGACUAUUACCCAUGUACUAUGAUGAAAGCAAUCAACAAAUUGAAGAUAUGGUGCGAUUAGUGCGUGGAGAACUUAGCAAAGGAGAAAGACAAACCGUGUGCGCGUUGAUUGUUAUUGAUGUUCACGCUCGAGAUGUAGUCAAGAGUUUAAUUAAUCUGAAAGUGAGCAAUAUUCGUGAUUUCAAUUGGAUUUGCCAAUUACGGUAUUACAACAAAGACUCGAGAACAACUGUUUCGAUGAUAAACACAAUACUCGAUUACGGUUGUGAAUACUUGGGAAACUCUCCUAGAUUGGUUAUAACACCUUUGACCGAUCGUUGCUAUAGAACAUUAAUGGGCGCAUUAAAAUUAAAUCUCGGUGGUGCGCCCGAAGGACCAGCCGGUACAGGAAAGACCGAAACUACAAAAGACUUAGCCAAAGCGAUUGCUAAGCAGUGUAUUGUUUUUAAUUGCUCAGACGGAUUGGACUACCAAUAUAUGGGAAAAUUUUUCAUGGGAUUAGCUCAGUCUGGAGCAUGGGCUUGUUUUGACGAAUUUAAUAGAAUCGAGUUGGAAGUAUUGUCUGUUAUUGCUCAACAAGUACUCACUAUACAGAUGGCGGUGAGAGCAGGAGCUGAAAAAUUCAUGUUCGAAGGUACAGAACUAACUUUGAAUCCGACUUGUGCCGUUUUCAUUACAAUGAAUCCUGGAUAUGCUGGAAGACAAGAACUUCCAGAUAACCUAAAGGUUUUAUUCCGCACUGUAGCUAUGAUGGUACCUGAUUAUGCAAUGAUCGGAGAAAUAAAGUUGUACUCGAUGGGCUUCAGUGAUGCCCGAAGUUUGGCUGAAAAAAUAGUUGACACUUACAAGUUAUGUUCGGAACAGUUGUCAUCUCAGUCGCAUUACGAUUAUGGAAUGCGAGCAGUGAUAUCGGUUUUAACGUCUAUUGGAAAUCUAAAACUAAAAUAUCCUGAUAAAAACGAAGCACAAAUAGUGUUAAGGGCUAUAUACGACGUUAAUAUGCCGAAAUUUUUAUUAGAGGACAUGCCGCUAUUUAUUGGGAUUUACGGUGAUUUGUUCCCUGGAGUUCAGUUUUUGGUACCAGAACGAGAUGAGCUUAUCGAUAAAAUAAAAAUAAAUUUGGAAAAAAGAAACUUACAAUGCACCGAAUGGUAUUUGGGUAAAAUAAUACAAAUUUACGAAAUGGUACUAGUGCGACAUGGCAUGAUGAUAGUUGGUGAACCACUUUCCGGAAAGACGUGUGCUUAUCAGGUGUUAGCAGAGUCAUUGGGUGAUUUGCAGAUGAAUCGAAGAGCUCUUAUGAAAGAAUUCAAAACUGCUUACAAAAUAAUUAACCCAAAAGCUAUAACUAUGGGUCAGCUGUAUGGACAAUUUGAUUCGUUAUCACACGAAUGGCACGAUGGAGUUUUAGCAAUUGUAUUCCGAGAAUUCGCCAAGAGUGCUACUCAAGACCGUAAGUGGAUUGUAUUCGAUGGACCUGUCGAUGCAGUUUGGAUAGAAAACAUGAACACUGUGUUGGAUGAUAAUAAAAAACUUUGUUUAAUGUCCGGAGAAAUUAUUCAAAUGAGCAGUAAAAUGACAAUGACUUUUGAACCGGCUAACUUGGAGCAAGCCUCUCCUGCCACAGUGUCUCGUUGUGGAAUGAUUUACUUUGAGCCAAAAUCACUUGGCUGGCUCUCGUUUUGGUACUCAUACAGAGAGCUGCUAAUGACCAAACUUCUGCCCGACCAACAAGUCAUGAUGGACGACGUCAUCGAAUGGCUAAUCCCGGCAGUUUUAGAUUUUGUAUUCAGAUCCUGCAACUUAUUUUUAUCCACUUCGGAAAAUCAUACGUUUAAUUCUUUUACGAGGCUAUUGAACUCGUUGUUAAAAGAAGAAACAGGCGUCGGAUUCGCGUCAGUCUGGUUGAUGUGUGUCACGAUAUUUUGUAUCAUUUGGAGUGUGGGUGCAACAAUUAAAGAUGAAAGCCGAAAUAAAUUUGAUUCGUUCUUUCGAAAACUAAUUCUCGGCAAUAACGAACAAUAUCCAAAACCGCAGUCGUUCAAGCUCACAAAAAAUCACCUUUUUCCUGACACGGGCACGGUUUAUGAUUAUAUUUAUGAUAAAAAAAACAAUGGUACUUGGAUGCUUUGGUCUGAACGAAUAGACCUAAAGAGGAUUCCUUCGAACGCAAAAAUAAACGAACUUAUCAUUGGAACAGAUGAAACGGUCAAGCAACAAUAUUUUCUUAACUUGUUAUUGAAAUAUGAAAUCCCUAUACUGUUUGUUGGCCCGACCGGCACAGGAAAGUCUGUUAUAGUGUUGGACUAUUUAAUGCAUUUGGCAAAAGAAAAAUAUUUGGUCAACGUACUUAACUUUUCCGCUCGUACAACUGCUAAUACAGUACAAAAUAUAAUAAUUUCGAAAUUAGACAAGCGGAGAAGAGGAAUAUAUGGACCACCGGUUGGUAAAAAAUGCAUGCUGUUCAUAGACGAUUUAAGCAUGCCCAUACUAGAAAAAUAUGGAGCUCAACCUCCGAUAGAGUUAUUAAGGCAAUGGAUUGACCAUGCACAUUGGUACGAUCUUCAGGAAAUGUCUAGAAUCGACAUAUUCGAUAUGAUAUUUAUAGGUGCUCUCCAACCUCCCGGCGGCGGAUCCAACGAUAUCACUACAAGAUUCACCAGACACUUAAGCGUUAUCGGUAUAAACUCGUUUAGUCAGGAAACCAUGUCGAAAAUUUUUACUCAGAUAAUCGACUGGCACGUCAGCAAAGGAUUUGCUGAAGCUAUUAUGCUGCAGGCAAAAAACGCUAUUGAAGCUACGUUGCACGUGUACAAAGAAGCCGUUUCUACGUUUUUACCAACUCCUGCGAAAUCUCAUUACACUUUUAAUCUUCGAGACUUUGCCAGGGUUGUGAAAGGAAUAUUACUGUUGCCCGCAUCUCGGUGCAAAACGUUGGAAAAAUUUUUCCGUCUUUGGGUUCAUGAGACGUGGCGAGUGUUCGGAGAUCGCCUAGUGGACGAUGACGACCGUUUAAUGUUGUUCGAAGUCAUGAAAACCGCAUCAUACAAUUGCCUGAGACAACCAAUUGAUAUGUAUCUCAGUGAUUUAAUGCCUGCCGAAGAAAUGUCUUUGAACGCCGACCACUUGCGAAAUCUUUUUUACGGAAAUUAUAUGGACCCCGAUACGGAUAAGAAAAUUUACGACGAAGUGCACAGUGAAAAACUAUUACUGCAGCACAUGGAAUUUUAUCUGAGAGAAUAUAAUACGGUUUCGAAAAGUCCGAUGGCUUUAGUUAUGUUCAAGUUCGCUAUUGAGCACAUUUCCCGAGUGAGUAGAGUACUUCAACAAGAUAACGGGCACGUGCUGUUGGUCGGCAUAGGCGGCAGCGGAAGACAGUCGGCUACAAAACUAGCAACUUUUAUGGCCGAUUUCGACCUAUUUCAAGUAGAAAUUGUGCGAAACUAUGGUAAAAACGAAUGGAAUGACGAUAUUAAAAAGCUUUUAAGGGAUGCAGGAUGUAAAGGAAGACCUGUGACGUUUUUACUGUCUGAUAAUCAAAUAGCUGACGAGAGUUUCGUGGAAGACAUCAGCAUGCUUUUAAACACUGGCGAUAUACCGAAUUUAUAUCAGUCCGAUGAAAGAGUUGAUAUUCUGGAUAAGGUGUCAAAUAUUGCUCAAAGUCUAGGUAAAACGAUUGAAACUACUCCACUCGCUCUCUACAACUUUUUCAUAGAAAGAGUCAAGUCAAAUCUUCAUAUUUCUCUGGCGAUGUCACCAAUUGGAGAUACGUUUAGAAAUCGUUUGAGAAUGUUUCCUUCACUUAUUAACUGUUGUACAAUUGAUUGGUUUACUGUGUGGCCUGAGGACGCUCUUGAAAAAGUUGCUCAAUAUUUUAUACAAACGAUGGAUAUACCUGAAGCCAUCGCUGAUUCGUGUGUGGUAAUAUGUAAAGAGUUUCAUACAACAGUUACAGAUGCUUCUACUAGGUUCUUUAAUAACCUAAAGAGACAUAACUAUGUCACACCAACGUCGUAUCUUGAGUUGAUUAGAACAUUCCAAAAUUUACAUACGAAGAAAGUGGAUGAAAUAACUACAUUAAAACAAAGAUACUUGACAGGCUUGGACAAAUUAGAUUUUGCAGCUGGACAAGUUUCCAUAAUGCAAGAUCAAUUAACAGCCUUGAAGCCUAAGUUAGAAGAAACGUCAAUAGCGACUGAAGCACUUUUAAAAAAAAUUGAACAAGACACAGUUAAAGUUGAAGCAAAAAAAGAGCUUGUCGGAGCCGACGAAGCUCUUGCAAACGAAGCUGCGGCAGCAUCGCAGGCAAUUAAAGACGAUUGUGAAAGUGAUUUGGCCGAAGCCAUACCGGCACUUGAAGCUGCCGUUUCGGCGUUAGAUACUCUAAAACCAGCUGAUAUAACAUUAGUAAAAUCGAUGAAAAAUCCUCCUUACGGGGUGAAACUGGUUUUGGAAGCCGUCUGUGUCAUGAAGGGUAUUAAGUCGGAACGAAAACCGGACCCAAGUGGUUCCGGAAAAAUGAUUGAAGAUUAUUGGGGACCUUCGCAAAAACUUAUUUCUGACACGAAAUUUUUAGAAAGUUUGAAAACAUACGAUAAAGACAACAUUGAUCCUGUGAUCAUGAAACGCAUUAGAGAAAAGUACAUCAAAGAUCCCGAUUUCAACCCGAUCAGUAUUAAAUCUGUUUCAACCGCGUGUGAAGGUCUAUGUAAAUGGGUCAGAGCGUUGGACGUUUAUGAUAAAGUUAUAAAAGUGGUCGGACCGAAAAAGGAAAAACUACAGCAAGCAGAAACCGACUAUGCCAUGCAAAUAGAAAUGCUCAACGAAAAAAGAGCAGAACUGGCUGCUGUGGUUGGCAAACUGCAAGUGUUGAGAGACGAACUCGCCGCAAAGACUCAAGAAAAGAAGGAACUAGAAAACGAUAUAGAUUUAUGUUCUCAAAAACUCAGUAGAGCAGAACAGCUGAUCAGUGGACUUAGCGGUGAGAAAAGUCGAUGGAGUCAGACCGCCAGAGAAUUACAGUCAACCUUAGACAAUGCAAUUGGUGAUGUUUUAAUAUCAUCGGGUGUGGUCGCAUAUCUUGGAGCAUUCACAGUAGACUAUAGGAAUAGCAUUAUUCAAGGUUGGAACAUUACGUGUUUGAACGAAAAUAUUCCGUGUUCAAAGCAAUUUUCAUUGGUGUUCACAUUGGGCGUACCAGUACUCAUACGAUCUUGGAACCUAUUCGGUUUACCAGCUGAUAACUUUUCUGUCGAGAACGGCAUCAUAUUGUACAACGCUACGCGUUGGCCUCUGAUGAUCGAUCCACAGGGCCAAGCGAACAAGUGGAUAAAAAAUAUGGAAAAAGAAAAUAAUUUAUACGUUAUCAAAUUAUCGAGUUCAAAUUACAUGACUAUUUUGCAAUUGGCUAUCGAACGCGGUUUACCGGUGUUGUUGGAAAACAUAUUGGAACAUAUCGACGCCACUUUCGAUCCUGUGCUGUUAAGAAACGUGUACACUCAAGGAGGGGUGCAAUACUUGAAGCUCGGUGAAAACUUAUUGCAGUACAAUAGUUCGUUCAGGUUUUACAUCACUACUCGACUCCGAAAUCCACAUUACUUGCCGGAAAUUUCAGUCAAAGUGACUCUGUUGAAUUUUAUGAUAACUAAUCAAGGUCUACAAGAUCAAUUACUCGGAAUUGUUGUGGCCAAGGAGCGACCUCUGUUAGAAGAGAAAAAAAACGAACUGAUAGUUGAAAGUGCUCAAAACAAAAAAUUACUAAAGGAAAUCGAAGACAAAAUAUUAUACGUUUUAUCGUCGUCGGAAGGAAAUAUUUUGGAAGACGAAUCUGCAAUACAAAUUCUUUCGUCGUCGAAGACGUUAUCUGCGGAAAUUCAAGUAAAACAAGAAGCUGCUGCAGUGACUGAACAAGAGAUAGACGUGGCUCGAAAUGUUUACAUUCCAGUAUCGACACACUCUGCGGUUUUAUUUUUUUGUAUUUCGGAUUUAGCCAAUAUCGAUCCUAUGUACCAAUAUUCAUUGACGUGGUUCAUUAAUUUAUAUCACCAAUCUAUCACUAAAAGUGAAAAAUCUGAUGACGUUAAUAAAAGAAUACAAAUUUUAAACGAUGAUUUUACGUACAGCAUCUAUAGGAAUGUUUGCAGAUCAUUGUUCGAAAAAGAUAAACUGAUAUUUUCAUUUGUAUUAACUACUGGAAUAUUUCAAUCGAAAGGAAAACUGAAUAAUGAAAUAUUGACAUUUUUUUUGACCGGCGGAGUUGGUCUGAAAAAUCCAUAUCCGAAUCCUGCUCCCGAAUGGUUGUCCGAUAAAUCAUGGGCUGAAAUUGUGAGAGCAUCUCAUUUACCAAAGUUAGGUGAGCUGUCCAACUCAAUUAAAACAUCACUAGAAGAAUGGAAAAUAUGGUACAAUUUAGUCAAUCCUCAAGAUGCGACUAUACCAAAACCGUAUAGCAAUGUUGAAGAUUUUGAAAAACUUGUAAUCAUCAAGUGCUUACGAUACGACAAAGUAGUUCCUGCCGUUCAGCAAUACGUCAUCAAUAGUAUGGGACAACGGUACAUUGAGCCUCCGCCAUUUGAUUUAGGCGACUCGUAUAAAGACUCGAGUUGUUGCACUCCUUUGAUAUUCGUAUUAUCGGCAGGUGCAGAUCCCAUGUCGGGUCUAAUAAAGUUUGCCGAAGACAAUGAUAUCAGUCGUACUGAUUUGAUGACCAUAUCUCUCGGCCAAGGACAAGGCCCAAUAGCGAAAAACAUGAUAACAACCGGUAUAGCGACCGGCCAAUGGGUUGUGUUGCAAAAUUGUCAUUUGGCUGUCAGCUGGAUGAAAGAACUCGAUAGAAUUUGUGAUGAAGACAUCGUACCCAGUAGAACUCACGAAGCGUUUCGGCUUUGGCUUACUAGUUAUCCGUCCAACGAUUUUCCAGUUACUAUAUUACAAAAUGGCAUUAAAAUGAUCAAUGAAGCUCCUAAGGGCCUUAAAAUGAAUUUAUUGCGUUCUUAUACUUCGGAUCCAAUAAGCGAUCCCGAAUUCUAUGAGAGCUGUAAAAAUUUAACCAACUGGAGAACGUUGCUAUUUUCGCUCUGUUUCUUUCACGGAAUAGUUCAAGAGCGAAGAAAUUUUGGACCGCUCGGAUGGAAUAUCCCGUACGAGUUCAACGAAUCGGACUUGCGAAUUAGCGUUAUGCAACUACAAAUGUUCUUGAACGAUUAUGUGGAAAUCCCAUUUACGGCCCUCCUGUACCUCACUGGCGAAUGCAACUACGGCGGGCGUGUUACCGACGAUAAAGAUAGACGGUUGCUUAAUUCGCUGUUGUCUAUAUUUUAUAACACGAGAGUUGUUAAAGAAGAAUCAUAUACAUUCUCGCCGAGUGGCAUUUACCACGUUCCUAAGGACACCACUUAUGAGGGAUGUUUAAAUUAUCUAAGAUCAUUGCCAAUGAGUCCACAGCCGGAAGUAUUUGGAUUGCACGAAAACGCGAACAUAACGAAAAAUAACAAAGAAACAAACAUGCUGUUGACGGGUACAAUUUUAACACAAUCUCAAAUUGGAGGAGGUAGUACUGAUACAAACGUUGAUAAAAAAAUGAUCGAACUAGCCAGCUCAAUAGCUCAGAAUAUUCCAAAUCUAUUCGACGUUUUCCAGGCCGCUAAUAAAUAUCCGACGAGAUACGAACAAUCUAUGAACACUGUUAUUCGACAAGUGCAAACGCUGCAUUCACAGUAUUGUCAAACAUCGAUAAUGGUCUUCUUCGUUUUAAUUUAGGAACUGAUACGUUUCAAUAAAUUGCUGAACGUCAUCAAAAAGUCAUUAGUGGAGAUCCAAAAAGCCAUAAAGGGUGUUGUCGUCAUGUCGGCCGACUUGGAAGAACUUUACACGAGUUUAGUUGUCGGUCGCGUUCCAGCCAGUUGGUUAGCCAAAUCAUACCCGUCUCUAAAACCGUUGGGUGGUUAUAUAACCGACUUGUUAGAAAGAUUGAAUUUUUUCCAAAAUUGGCUCGACAACGGUGUGCCAGCUGUAUUUUGGCUUUCCGGUUUUUAUUUCACGCAAUCGUUUUUAUCGGGAGUGCUACAGAAUUUUGCACGUAAACACAAAAUACCCAUCGACCAACUUGGAUUCGAAUUUGAAAUUACCGUGUACGAAACUGACGAUGACGUACACAGUGAACCGGUCUUGGGAGCUUAUUGUCGGGGUCUUUUUCUGGAAGGAGCUAGAUGGGACCGAGAAUCAAUGAUGUUGAAUGAAUGUUAUCCUAAAAUUCUUUACGAUACAGUACCGAUUAUUUGGUUUAAGCCUGGCAUCAAGUCACAAUUUAUAAAAAAGGCUUCGUACGAUAGUCCCAUUUAUAAAACAAGCGCUCGACGUGGUGUAUUAGCGACUACGGGACAUUCGUCGAAUUUUGUUAUGUUUAUUGGUCUCAAAACUGACAAACAUGAAAACCACUGGAUAAAUCGGGGCACCGCUUGUUUAUGUCAACUUGACGAUUAG